UGCGUGCGGGGGAAUCGACCCCCGCGCGGUGCUGUCGGAGGCGCCGGGACCUGUGAAGACACUUUCCAGCUCCCUCUGUGCUCGUGCCACUUCGGGUGAAGAUGAUGCUCGCGACGUGGACUUCACAGUAUUGGGACCGUCUCUCUUCCUUGCCAGUCUUGGUCCUGGUUAACUGUUGUGUCUUGCUGGCUCGCGCGGAUAAUGCCAGUCAGGCAUAUUACACAGCCCUCAUCAAUGUGACUGUGUUGAACCCCGACCGAGUCAGCCCCACGUUACUAAGGAUCGAUCGUGGACGCUACGGGCAGGAUUCCCCCAAAGUGGAGGUCAAAGGCCUGCUGCUGGCACCAGUGCCUAUCAACGGAGUGGUGGAUCGUCUGGGCUGUGAUCCUCGAACACGUUUCCAUGUUCCUCCGAAUACCAAGCAGUGGAUUGCCUUGCUGCAACGAGGAAACUGUACAUUUAGAGAGAAAAUAUUGCGAGCAGCUUCACAUAAUGCCACAGCUGUGGUAAUUUACAACAAUAUAUCCAGUGAGGAACCUGUCACUAUGACUCAUCAAGGAACUGGAGACAUUGUUGCUGUCAUGAUUACAGAGUCCAAGGUAAAGGAGAUCCUAAAUUACUUGGAAAAGAACAUCUCUGUCCUGAUGGCAAUAGCAGUUGGAGCCCGAGUUCCUCCAAAGAAUUUUAGUCGUGGCUCUCUAGUCUUUGUGUCAAUAUCAUUCAUCGUUUUGAUGAUAAUUUCAUCAGCAUGGUUAAUAUUUUACUUCAUCCAGAAGAUCAGGUACACAAAUGCACGUGACAGGAACCAGCGUCGUCUUGGAGAUGCUGCGAAGAAAGCCAUCAGCAAAUUGACAACCAGGACAGUAAAGAAGGGUGAUAAGGAAACCGACCCAGACUUUGAUCAUUGUGCUGUCUGUAUCGAGUGUUACAAGCAGAACGAUGUUGUCCGUAUUCUGCCAUGCAAGCACGUUUUCCACAAAGCCUGUGUGGAUCCUUGGCUUAGCGAACACUGUACCUGUCCUAUGUGUAAACUGAACAUUUUGAAGGCUCUGGGAAUUGUACCAAGUGUGCCAUGUACAGAUAACGUAGCCUUUGAUAUGGAAAGGCUCACCAGAGGCCAGCCAGCCAAUAGACGAUCAGCACUUGGUGACUUUGCCAAUGACAACUCACUCAGUCUGGAGCCCCUACGUACUUCUGGGAUGUCACAGCUUCCACAGGACGGGGAAAUAACUCCAAGGACAGGGGAGAUCAACAUUGCUGUAACAAGUGGUCACUUCUUUCAUCGCAAUUCUUUGUCUCCUCGGAGCCUGGUCUAUGAAAGUGAAUUCUCAACAAUCCAACCUGCCUUGGACAUGUACGAUGAGAACAAAACCUGAAAGGAAUGUGUGUUGUGGUGUUGGUUUCUUCCUUUUUUUUUUUUUGUUUCUCAUUCCUGUUGUUGUGUACUCCUUCCAUGGGUGUCCUUUUGUCUAAAGAAGAACUGCUUUUCCCAGAAUACAAACCUGGCUUCCAAGUGACGAAGAUGAAGCUCAACUAUGGUUGUCUCCAAGGCCAUCAUCUCUGGGACAACAAUGUGCAUACACAAAAUGGGCUGCUGUUAAUUGCAGAAUUGGAGUGCAAGUUAGGUUUGUCAAUCCAGCCAAGUCUGUACAAAAAAAAGGGCUUGCCCUGAUCCAGAGUACUUUUGUAUUGAAAAGGUGUGUCUUAAAUAAGCACAUGAUCUUUCCAUUGUUUAAUCAUGCACAUGUUUGCUGGACUAUCAGACCAGAUACCUGGUGGUAGAGGCGAUUCUAAGUUCCAAUGGUGUAAAGGAACACCAUUUUUUUUCUGUCUCCCCAUGAGUUUGUGAUAUGUUCCCUUUCUGAGGGGAACCUGUAGAAAUGCAUUGACUUUCCUAUUGCCCAUUUAACUCUGGGUAAUGGCAAAACAGGUUGGCAUUAGAGCUACAGACAGGAGCUGUGUCUGGAGUAUCCAUGAAAGGUUUCAAGUAACCCAAUACUUCAAUUUUUCAGUUUCCACUGAAGUUGGACAAAGGUUUCCUGUACAGAAUGCAACUUCAGCCAUUCCUAGCCCUCCUGCCAAGUGAAUCUCUUGACAACAGGGAUGCUGCUGAUGUUCAUGGGCCCACCAUUUGAUCUUCUUGAGAAAUGUGCAGGUAUCUAGAUAGCUAUCUUCUUUUGAUUUUUAAAAAAAUCCACCAGUUUUUUUUCACCGAGAUUUUUGAGAAGCCAACAUGUUGGUAUUGUACACAGAACAAAAUGUAAAUUUCCUACCCUGUUCUCCCAAUGAGACCUGCAACAGUUAAGUAACAAAUACUUUCUCAGUGCUGUGCCCUUUCCUGCUGCCAUCAGUAAUGUGAAUGCAGAAAGCAGAAGAAUUAAGGAAAGCACCCACGCUUUGACACUUGGAGGAAAAUCAGGUUUUUGUGACAAAAAGUGGCCACAAAAUGAAUAUUGUCCUAAAGCUUCUAAAAGGGUAAUGCCGAAAUAGAAAACAAGAUUUUUUUUUUUUUUUUAGGACUCAAUGGUGUUUCUUUAAAAAGCAGCUCUGGAGAGUAAGUCAGUGUGUCUAAUGCACCUUUUCCUACUGAAUGCUGUGUAAUUGUUUAAGUUUAACAAAUGUCAAUAUUUUCUCCAUUGCAGUCUGAGUAACUGUAGAUGUAGAAAUGCAUUUGUGUCCUUUUGUAAUGUGAACAAAAUCUUCACUCUAUAUAGAAAUCGUGAUUUAGAACAAAUGGCAAACUGAAAAGAAACAUAAGAAAUGUCCUGCUAACUUUGAAUCUAAACAGCGUCUGCUGUAGAUGGGGAAACUUGCCUUCUUUUUAUAAAGCAAUCCGUCGUCUUGGCAUGUACUCUGACUUGAAGUGUGUGCAGCCGCGACAUUAACGCAGAUGUUAAAACAAAAAAGAACUCUAAAGUGAGGAAGUGAGCUUCUAGCAGAGCAAACUUUGGCUGUUGCUGAAUCGUAUUUAAUCUGAUAAUUCUAGACUGGGUGGUGCAGAGUUUAAAGUGUUUUACCUUUUACAGCACUUUGUUUAUAUUUGACAAAUUUUACUGUAGUCAGCUAACUUUAGAAACAUUUUUAAAAAACUUUUUAAGAAGCACAGUUUUAACACACACACAGCAUUGAGGAUAUGAAACUGAAGGUUGGUGGACAAUGUCAGCACUGUUACUCAAGUAAAAGAGGCCCCAAAUCAGCAUUUGUUCCUCUUUUCAAUCUGAGAAGUAGAGCAGAUAUUUAGUGUGUGAACAGUCCUGAAGCUGAUCACCCAAGCCCCAAACUCCCUGAACUAAGGGUAUGUCUACACUGCCCCCCAGAUCGGUGGGUAGCGAUCGAUCCAGCAGGGGUCAAUUUAUCGCGUCUAGUUCUGUCACGAUAAAUCGACCCCCGAACGCUCUCCCAUUGACUCCUAUACUCCAGUGCCAUGAGAGGCGCAGGCAGAGUCCACGGGGGAGCGGCAGCAGUUGACUCACCGCGGUGAGUAGGUCUAAGUAUGUCGACUUCUGCUUCGUUAUUCAUGUAGCUGAAGUUGCAUAAGUUAGAUCGAUUUCUUCUCCUUCCCCCCACCCCCCCAGUGUAGUCCAGCCCCAAGACUCUUUCAAGUCUGACUGAGUUCAGGCACAGUGGAGCGAGAAGGGCUGAUGGGGUAAUCCCAGUUUUCAUCAUUGUAGCUGAGUGAUCAUUACAUGCAGAUCUGUAAAAACGGCGACCUUCCCAAACCAGACAAAGAAAUAAAAUUCCUAUCUUUCACGGGCAGAGUGGCUUUUAGCAGGGCUUGUAAUAGCAAGGCAGGGCAGGCAGGUUACAAUUGGCUCUAACUAGGCACUCUCCCAAGCUGUAAUAUUCUUUAUCUGCAUCUAAGGUCUUUACUAUGCAGGAGAGUCCAGCCACCAGUGUAGCUGCAGCAGUACAAAACGUAGGCAGGCAAAGCUGCUAUGAACUAUUAUUUGCACUGGUGCAAUUUACUCUGAUUUUAAGCAGGAUUAAAAUCCACUGUGCACAUCCUAGUUUAUAUAGCAUCUUUGCCUGUCUUGCUCUAGGGGUUGCCUCAGUGCAGCUGUAUCAGAGCUGGUCACUGACAGCUGUAACGGGGGCAAAUUUCCUGUGUAGACAAGGCAGCCUGAGCAGCACUCGAGAGAGGUAACAAGUCCUUAGGUUUGAAAACAAUUCUAUUUCCAAUUCUAGCUUUUAAAACCCAGUGCCCCAGUGAACUAUAAAGGAAGAGGCAAAUACAUCAGCACUCACAGGAACAGACUUUUUCAAAGUAAUAUUGAUCCUCUGAGCCCAGUCACGAAUUCUGAAUUCCAAUCAGUGCUAUCUUUCCUUCUGCUAAGUCAGUUUCUUUGCUCCGAUUCCAUAGAUUAAUUAAAACUUGCACUAACUUUUAUGUUUUGGAUAAAUUUGACAAUGUCGCCAACUCUUGGGAUAUUUGCUGCUUUUUCUUAAAGCUCCAGCUGCUGGAGUCAUGUGAGUAUGUGGGAAAAAAUCUCAGCUUACUCUUUUUUAAAUGAAGGAAGUAGAUCCUUUGCUCCAGCUAUGACUGUUUACACCAGCCAAGGAUCUGCUUCUAAUGUUUCUAAGCCUCAUGGUUGUGGAGAAAAUCUGGCAAAAAUAAAUCCUAAAGGCUCAGGGGGCAAAUAAAAACUUCAGUACAAUUUUAAAAAUUA